GUAGCCCUCCUAACAGAUUUAUCUGACUAUUAUUUUAAUUCUAACAACAAACUUUCAUUUAUUCUAUAAACCAUUUUAGUUAGUAUUGCUCAUUCAAUUUAUUAGUAUUUUGAUUGUCAGUUAUAAACAACGAUGUAUUCAUAGUUCUUUUGGUAUCCUAAACCCUGACUUUAAGAAUUAACUUUUAGAUCAUGGAAUUAACAAAAAAAUACUUGAGGAGUCUUUUGACUGCUAACCCUACUGCCAUGACUGUACGUCAAGUUAGUAUAGAUUAUCAAAAUACUAUAGGAGAGUCUAUUCCAUAUACAAAAUUUGGUUAUACUUCGUUAGAACAGUUUCUUCGAUCGAUUCCCGAUACUGUACAGUUACAGGGCACAGGGCCAUUUGCUCUUGUUAAUCUUGUAGUAUCUGAAAAAUCAUCUCAUAUCGUAGCAUUAGUAUCCAGGCAAAGAGUAGAGAGGAGAAAAGGGCUUAGAUAUCCAUUAAUGAAAAGAACUGUGGUACCAACCCCAAAUGUUUUAAAAAAUUAUACACCUCCUGUAACAAGAUCACAAUCACAAAAAAUAGUAUAUCCUACUAUAAAAUCAAGUAAUUCAUCAACAAUUAAUACUGUAUCAACUUCUGCUUCAAAUUGGAAACAAACUUUUAAAAAUAAAUUCACUCUGUCCAAUAAUUCAAUUGAAUCUGAUACUAAAAAACAAAUUUCUCCAGAGAACUCAAAUGGUCUUAUGACCGAAUCAACGAUAAGAUAUAAACCAUCAAAUGACGAUCAUAAUAUGGAAAAAAUUACAAAAAUGGUAGAUGGUAUGAAAAUUUCAAAGGCAACUGAUGGUAUACAGAGAUGGAAUCAAAGUCAUAAGUCAAGUAGUAGUGAUCAAAUGACAGAUCCAGAUGGGGAUUACACAAUUAGUAGAACAAGUACCAGGCAUAAAGUAAACAUAGCUGAAGAUGUAGACCCGUCUGAGGAAUGUGUACCAGUUGCUAUUAGAAAUAACUUAAAAAAGUUGAUUGCAAAGUAUCCCGAUGGUAUUUGGUGUGCAGAGCUACCAGCUAUUUACAGAAAAAUGUUCAGAAGGGAGCUCAAAUACCAUGACUCGGGAUUCAGGAGUCUAAUAGAGCUAUGUACUUGUUUAAAAUCGAUAUUUCAUUAUGUAAGACCGUCUGCUGAUGAUUUCAAAUUGUACGAUAAAAAUAAACCAUUACCUGAUACAGCUGAAACUGUAUUUACAAUAGCGAGUUAUAGUAAUAAAAGUUCUUUAAACAAUGCUCCAGCUUUACCUAGCAUAGAUUGGACUGAUGUACUUUUAUUCAUUCCACCUGAUAUUUUUAAACCUGGUCAAGAGAUACAAAGAGCUUUUGUACCUGAAACCACCCAGGAGGGUGAUACUAUAGAAAUUGUGGUCGGGGAGGUAUUUGAUGUUUCCAAAUUUUGGGUUUAUAAAGAUGAUGGAAAGCUUGAUAAACUUAUGGAUAAUAUGCAAUUGUUUUAUGGUGAACAUGCAGAAUCGUACAAAGUACCUCAACAUCUCAUCAGAGAGGGACUUUAUUGCGUUUCGAUUAUUUUUGGAGAAUACCACAGAGUUCUUGUAGUCAAUGCCAUGUGUGAAGGAACCGAUGAAAUUAGGGUGUUUUACAUAGAUUAUGGUACAAUCAAACAAGAAAAACCCAAUUUGUAUUUCUUGCAUGAAAAAUUUGCUGAAUUACCAGCUCAAACGAUAAGAUGUAGAUUAGCUAACAUUUGCCCGCCAGAAAAAGGUGCUCCUUGGUCCAGAGAAUGUACUGAAGAAUUUAAAGUGCUGCUUAAGAAAAGAGACCUAAUGGCGAAAAUUAAUAGAAUCAAUUGGGAAGAUAAAUAUUUGGAAGUUUUGCUUGCUGAUGUUACUGAUUCGGAAAAUGUAUUUUACAUAAACAACGUCCUAGUAGAAAAAGGUUAUGCAAUAUUUGCUUAUCAAGAACCGAAGAUUAGUAUAGUUAAUUCGAUAUGUACCCCCAUUGUAAAUUUAAUUCAUUUAUUUCCGACGUUUAUGGAACUAGAAAAUGGAUUGGCGCCUUCCACAUCUGAAAUGGAAACGUACUCUAGUUGUAAUGUACCAAUAAAUUUUUGUUAUCCUCAAUAUUUCUACUUCGAUCAUUCGGAAGAAGAAAAGAUAAUCGAACACGUUACCAAUUUUUAUGAAUCUCGUAUUCUGAAAGGUUUAAGAUCGGAAAUACACAGAAAUUUUAACGUAGACGUCGAUAAGAUUACAGAAAAACCGAUAGAUUUUUCGCAUUUUAUGGAAUUAGAAGGGGAGUUGAGACAGUUUUGGGAAAAUCAGAAUAUAGGAGGUGGUGAAUGCGAGGAGGUGGAGGAAAACUCUUCUUCUGUUGAUAUAAUUAACGAUGAUUUAGUAACAAAUAUAUCGAAGAAAAUCGAGAUGUGGAAAACCGAUACUAUAAAUGAACUUAGAGGAGAUUGUAAACUUUCCGAAGAUAUUAUGGAAAUUUUAGAUACCGGUCGAUUAAAUAGUGAAUCGGUGAACUUGGAUUGUUUGAAAAAUAAUACAGAUCAAUCGGAUUAUCAAGGAAUAAGCGUGGAAAAUAUUCAUUUCGAUGAUUUUCGAUCGAUUUCGAGGAGUAAUAGCUGGCAUAGUUCGAUUACCAACAACACUUACCCUUCGUUUAGAACAGAUUCUCAACAAGUCAGUUUUGAAUAUCCCGAAUCGAGCAACGAAAAUUUAGAGACUCUGAAAAGUGACGUGAAAGAAAAUGAUUUAUUCAGAAACAGCCAUGGUUCUGAUAAAGUUGGAAAAUUGGUAUUGCAUCCUACGAAUCCUUUUUUGACCAAUGUAUUAGAAGGUGAAGAGAUCAAGCAAGAUAUCAUCGGCAAUAAUGGAAGAUUACAUCCGAACAAUCCAUUUUUACACCAUAUAAAUAAAAACAAUGAAGAAAUUUCUGAUGUACGAUCUGAUUCAUCGGGAUCGACUUCAUAUAAAACAAACGUAGAAGAAACAAAAGUCGAUAAUGCUUGGUCGACAAAAGAUGAUCGAUAUUACUAUGAUGGUUCGUUUUCUUCAAUCAGUACCGAAGAACUAAAACCAGAAGAUGACAAAUCAACUAAUCCAAGUAACAAUUCAGCCUCACCGUCUUCGAGUAGUAAAUCUUGCAGUGUACAAACUAACUUGGGAUUGGACGUUAACAAACCGGAAUUUAUUCCUCAGGAUUAUUUUUUAACGGAUCGUUUUCAGUAUACUUGUUAUCCCCCUCAGCAUCCUACUCUUUACAAUCCUUAUUAUCAUCAACGGAGUCAUUUUAUAAUGGCGUCUUCGAUGAUACAAAGUCCAGCUAUGUCUGCACCGUUUAGUAACAGAAUUUCGAUUUGUCCUCCUCCGGGUUUCUCUAUUAAUUCAAAUGUAAUCAUGCAAGGGAAUAUGCCGGAUUUUUAUGAGGCUCACAAUGAAAGGUUGAGAGGCAGUUUUAGAUCUUAGGGAGUGUUCACUUUCUGUUAUUUGGAAGUUUAUGAAUAAUCACUUGUUGUAAAAGUGAGUUUCUAUAUGUAAAGUUGUAAAAAUGUUUAGUUUUGUUAUUAUAUUGUUGAACGAAAGUUAGUUUUUGUUUUGUUUUUAAUUAGAAGUGACAAAUUCUGAUUUUUAUAAUGAAUUCAUUUGAUUUAAUGUUUAUUUGUUAUACCAUGAUGAAAUUGGUUGAAAUUUCAUUGAAAAUUUGUAUGUCGUUUCCAGUUACACAGGAUAAUGUUUAUUCGAAAUAUCAAUGUCUAAAGAUUUCCUUUUAUUUAUUUAUUUUUUUUUUUUUGACAAAGAAAGCCAGGACAGGAAUUGUCAGAAAGUCAUGGAGCUUCCCUAAUUUUUUCAAUAAUAGUGAUCGCCUUUUCAGGAUGCUCUGUUAUCCAUUCAUUUGAAGCCUUAUCACAAGCAUUCUUCAAUGAAUAACACACCCUGAAUUUUGGUAAAUUUGCUGUACCAGCUAAGUGGAGCUCCUAUUAACAUAAUGGGAUUGAGAUUCACCCUGGGAAAAACCAUAAAUGGAGUAAUUUUUCACACCACUAAUCAUACAACAAAUUUUCACUAGUUGAAAACGUUCUCUAACUGAUUUUUUACUUUUGGAAGCAAUAAUCUUCUUAGGUUUCUGAACAGUCCUGUACCUAUUUCAUCUGCAUCGAAAGUGAUGGAUUCCUCUUCUUGAACCUUUUAAGCCAAUCAAUCACAGACAUUUUUCGAUAUGUUAAAUCAAUGUUCAUUUUGGAACAUGUUUUCUGACAUUCUGAAAGUUCAGCUCCUUGUUCUCCGGUAAAUAUUAUGUUUCUUUUAUAACUUGAUGUCAUUAGGUCUUUCCAUCCUCAUUAUAUUGUUUCGCCAUUCUUUUUGUAAAGCGUCUACAACCCCUAACUUCAUUAUUUCAGGAUCUCUUUUUUUUUCUUCUUAUCAAGUAUCAAUAAUCUGAGAAACUUUGGGUAUUAUUCAAGCUAAUCGUUGUCAUUUUUGGUCUGACUGUCGUAUUUUCUGAAAUUUUUUUAUUGGAAGCUGCAUCUGUACUGGAAUCUUCUAGACAUAUAUAUUUCUAAUGAAUUUGUAUUAAAUUCCAUCAUAGUUUUUAAAAAUUCAAUAAAAAACAAAUGUAAAAUUAAGGAUCAACUUCAAGUAACUUGGGAGGUCAUUGACAAUAAAAAAAUUAGAUUUUCGUAUUACUCUUGUAUACAAAUUUUCAUCAAAAUAGCACCAGUUAUUUCAGUUAAUGUGGUAUACCUUUUAGGUAUGUGAGUAUAUGAGUCACAUUUAUUUCGAAUUUCAAAAUGGUAAACUUGGUAUUCCUAAGGCACAAAAAAUUACUUUUGGAGAAACAAAAUCAAAAUUGAGAAUAAUUGUAUUGCUUUCUUAAUUCGUUAUAUUUAAUAACAAUUUGGUGCAGACUCAUGUUUCUACAAAAAGUAAUGUUGUGUUUGUUUUUACCUCUAUGGUAUUAUUGAGUUUCUAUUGAACGUUUUGAGUUAUUUUUGUUUAACAUGGAAACAAAAUUUUUGUAAUGCAGAAUGUGUCAAAAAUAAAUUUUUUAUAAAUUUUUGUGUUUGAUUUUUCUUUUCGUCAACCCUCCGAUAUUUUUAGUGAAACCUUCAACUUCGUAUACUAUCUCAACUGUACAUAUUCACCUUUGUUUUUCUUACAUUCACCCUUUC